UGACAAUCGACAUCUGUAAGAAGGCUCACCACUGAUUUCACUCGAUAGAAAGGAUUUCAUAAAUUCUGAAUAUUAAUUUGUGGAGCAGUGUGGAUUGAGACAUGGCGAAAUCCGAUUGUUGUGCGUGUAUUUAAAAGGUGUGAUCAGCAACACCCAAUCAGUGUCUCCUGAACAGUCGUCAGUUACAGUAGUGAUAGUGCUAAGUCGAGUGACAGCUGCAUUUCAAUCCUGAUCUCCAAUAUUUGGAUAACAAUUACUAAGAAUGGCUGCCAAAGAAUUGAAUGAUAUGGAUGUAUGUGAGAAAAUUGCUUUCAAGCCUGAGACAGAGAAACCAUUUAAAGCGAGAAUAGUUUGGUUCAAUGCUAUAGGCUUUCUCAUCCUCCACCUAGCUGCAUUGUAUGGUGUUUUCCUCGGUUUCACUGCUAUCACAUGGAAGACAUUUAUUUGGGGAUUUUUUGUUGGAUAUUUAUCGACAGAGAGUGUAACAAUCGGAGCCCAUCGAAUGUAUACACACAAAGCAUUCAAGGCAACUUUUGCGACUAGACUUGUUAUCAAUUUCCUGUUCACUCUAGCUGGCCAGAACUGCAUGUGGGUGUGGGUGCGAGACCACAGACAACACCACAGGUACAGCGACACAGUGGCCGACCCCCACGAUGCGUCGCAGGGCUUCUUCUUCAGUCACAUUGGAUGGCUCAUGUACAAAAAACACCCCGAAGUCCUCGCCAAGGGAAAACAUAUCGACAUGUCUGAUAUUGAGAAAGAUGAGAUAGUUAUGUUCCAGAAAAAGUAUUACAAGACAUUGUACGUUUUGAUCUCGAUUGCACUUCCAACAGUGAUUCCGUACUUGUGCUGGGGUGAGGACCUGUUCAACUCAUUCAUGUGGUCGUAUCUAGCACGAACAAUAGUCACUUUGAAUGGAACGUGGUGUGUCAACAGUUGGGCCCAUUUAUAUGGAGUAAAACCCUACAACACUGAUAUCUACCCGAUGGAAUCAGAGUUUGUUGCGUUCAUUUCAAGCGGCGAAGGUUGGCACAACUUCCAUCACACUUUCCCCUGGGACUUCAGGGCGGCCGAAUUCGGAAAGCACUACAACUUCUCAGCCACCGUGAUCACUCAACUGGCCAAGUGGGGCUUUGUCUACGACCUCAAAGAAGCCAAGCCUGAAAUGAUCAAGAGUCGAAUUCUGAAAAAUGGUGAUGGAACGCAUCCGAAGCAUACACAAUUGCAGAAAGGUGCAGAAUGGGCGCCGUGGGGAUCGAAGGACGCACCUACGUCUGAGCAUGCGUCGUCUCGACGUAACAUUGUGUCUCACGGUUGAAUUCUCUCUUUGUCAUCACUUGCAACAUUCAUGUCUAAGCAACAAUGCAACAAUCACAUAAGAAAUAGUGAGCUACCACAUCGAGUUACUCGCCAUGAUCAUUUCAUUGCUCAAAAGUCAAAACACUGACUUAAUAAUGAGACUGUCGAUAGAAUUCGAGUUAUUGAAAAAUUGGAUUAUUUAGUAUUGAUCCUACAAAUCUCCAAUUUUGAGAAUACAUUGUUGUUAACUUAAUUGUUGAAGUAUUCUGAUUUGGAAAUAAAAGCUGAAGUUGAAAAACUGAA